AUGGAUGAUCGUUCAGAGGGUUGUGAAGAGCUGAAUAUUCCGUUUCCAAAUUACUUGGGGUUGUUUUUCAUAACAAAAAAACUCUUGAAUAUUCCUCGCCUAAUUCUACAAAUAGUCGUAGCUUUAUCACAACCGAAUGAUGAGCAAAAAGAAAUUAGUGCUCAGAGUGUGGCGCUCAUACCAAAAUUCCAAAAACUGGAUAUGGAGCAAGAACAGGAAAAGGGUAAUUACUUGGCAGCUGGUUACAUUCGCCGCUAA